CCUGACAUCUUAAACGACCAAAGUUACACUUUACCGCCAGGCAGACCUCUCACUUCGAGUACACUGCCAUAUGCGGACGUAUUUUUUACCUCCACAAGAAGAAGAACGAGUGAGUGAAGCGAGCGGACUGCCAUGAUCAUCAUGUCUAGGAUCCUCGAACCCUGGCUCACCUUGGUGGCCGUGUCCCUGAUGGUCGAACUCGAAGGAGCGAUCGGCGCCUACGCCGGGAUGAUGAGCGUGUUCGCCGCGCAGACCACCCCGCCGGACCCCUGUUACGACGAGCACGGCAACCCGCGGAGGUGCAUCCCCGACUUCGUCAACUCCGCGUUCGGCAAAGAAGUGCGCGUGUCGAGCACCUGCGGGACGCCCGCCGCCAAGUACUGCGUGGUGGUGACGGAGAAAGCCGGCGAGGAGAGGAGCAGGAGCUGUCACACGUGCGACGCCUCGGACCCCAAGAAGUCGCACCCUCCGGCGUACCUAACGGACCUGAACAACCCGCACAACCUCACCUGCUGGCAGUCGGAAAACUACAUGCAGUACCCGCAGAACGUCACCUUGACGUUGUCCCUGGGCAAGAAGUUCGAAGUGACCUACGUGAGCCUCCAGUUCUGCUCGCCGCGCCCCGAGUCAAUGGCCAUCUACAAGUCCAUGGACUACGGCAAGUCGUGGGUCCCCUUCCAGUUCUACUCGACGCAGUGUAAGAAGAUGUACAACAAGGCCAACAAGGCAGCGAUCACGAAGCAGAACGAGCAAGAAGCCGUGUGCACGGACUCUCACACUGAAAUGCACCCCCUGUCCGGGGGUCUGAUCGCGUUCAGCACCUUGGACGGCCGACCCUCGGCGCACGACUUCGACAACUCGCCCGUACUGCAGGACUGGGUCACGGCCACCGAUAUAAAGGUGAUAUUCAGUCGGCUGCACACUUUCGGGGACGAGAACGAAGACGACUCGGAGCUGGCGCGAGAAUCUUACUUCUAUGCCGUUUCAGACCUGCAGGUGGGCGGGCGCUGCAAGUGCAACGGCCACGCGUCCAGGUGCGUUAAAGACCGCGAGGGGAACCUGGUGUGCGAAUGCAAGCACAACACCGCGGGGCCCGAGUGCGACAGAUGCAAACCUUUCCAUUACGAUCGGCCCUGGCAGCGCGCGACCGCACGGGAAGCGAACGAAUGCGUCGCAUGUAACUGCAACCUGCACGCACGCCGCUGCCGCUUCAACAUGGAGCUCUACAAGCUGUCGGGCCGCCGCAGUGGUGGCGUGUGCCUCAACUGCCGUCACAAUACUGCCGGGCGUCACUGCCACUACUGCAUGGAAGGCUACUACCGUGACAUGUCCAAGCCUAUUUCACACCGCAAGGCCUGCAAAGCAUGCGAUUGCCAUCCCGUGGGUGCCGCGGGCAAAACCUGUAACCAAACCACCGGUCAAUGCCCCUGUAAAGACGGCGUGGCCGGUAUCACGUGCAACCGGUGCGCUAAGGGCUACCAGCAGAGCCGAUCUCCCAUUGCACCCUGCAUCAAGAUUCCUGCUUUGGCCCCUACAACCACAGUGAGCAGCACAGAGGAGCCAUCAGACUGUGACUCAUACUGCAAAGUGACCAGGGGCAAAAUGAAGAUCAACAUGAAAAAGUACUGUAAGAAAGACUACGUGGUCCAGGUACAAGUUCUGAAGGGAGACAAGGCUGGCGAAUGGUGGAAGUUCACUGUCAAUGUGGUAUCUGUCUACAAGCAAGGUGGGAGCCGUAUUCGGCGAGGUGACCAGCCCCUGUGGGUGCGAGCCAGGGAUGUGGCCUGCCGCUGCCCAUUGAUCAAGCCUGGGAGGAGGUACCUGGUGUUGGGCAGUGAGGAGGACGUGGCCCCUGAGCGCAGUGGCAUAGUGGUGGACAAGGGUAGCCUGCUGGUCCAGUGGAGGGACACGUGGGCCCGUCGGCUCAGGAAGUUUCAGCAAAGGGAGAAAAAAGGAAAGUGCAAGAAAGCCUAAGAAGACCAGAGUUCACCCGGAGCAUGAAGAGUGAACAGAGGAAGCAAGGAGCAACAAGGAGACAGGAGAGGAGAAGCAUGAAGAGACAGAGGGGAUUGGAUCCCACUGUCAUGUAUAGAAACAUGUGGAACA